UCCAGAGGAAGCACAGAACUCUGGGAAACCUGUGGGAGGACAUCAAGCAGAAAGAGUAGAGGAUAAACAGAUGACACUGAAAAGACAGAGUAAGCGAGAGAAAGCGAGGGAGUGAGGGAGAGAAAGAGAAGGAGUGAGAGAGACGAGGGAUGACUGAGUAGUCUGGGAAACUGUCGGCGCUGAGCGUCUGGAGUUUUAACGCAAGUGAGAGCGCAGCCCGUGAUGUCGCGGUCCAGAUGAGCACACGCGGCAGGCCGGCGUUCCCCCACCUUCUGCUCGCCUCUCGCCUCCCCUCACCGUCCCGCAAGCAGCCUAGGACCCCCGCCUCCGAGGGCAGGAGAGGGGGCACGCACCUGGACACACAGCUCGACGUGUGGAGGCGACCCGGCAGAGCAGAGACGACAUAGCUCGCAGACCCGGCAACCUGGCGCUGGUCUCCUAGCGGAAACGUUACGAACCGAAAGAGAGACGCCAUGAGCCGCACAGGGCCGUGAUGAGAUUCCUGCCUGUCCUGAAGAGACUCCAGCCUGUUGUGACUCCAGCCUCCUGCCCAUCCUGAAGAGACUCCAGCCUGUUGUGGAGAGCUUCCUGCCCAUCCUGAAGAGAUUCCAGCCUGUCGUGGAGAGAUUCACGCCUGACCUGAAGAGACUCCAGCGAUACUGGCUUGAGCGAUGUGGUAUAUAUUUGUACGACCCUCACUGUAGUUUUGACAUCUUCCUAGCGAGCCGUACUGAAGGAUCCAAACUGCAACUCUGGAAUCGUGGCGGUUGGAAUCUGAAACCCCAUCCCCCUAGUCCCUCUGUGUCAUUUUUCGGACCCCCGUGCUCGCCACCGGGUCGCCUCGGAUGUCAAACCUGGUUUUUUCAAGGCAAUCACAUGAACGGCAUCCUUGUGACCCUCCAGCCAGCGAUGGAGUCGUAGGGAACCAGUGGCCCCUGCAGACACGUGACCUCGGCGACCCGAAUUGACCCCGGAACAGGGCCAGCUGUGUCAUUUGAAGGGGUGAGCUCACCACCUGCCGGAGACUGUGGGUAACGGGCGGCGACGUCGCCGCAGCCGGACAUGUUGGACUACGGCGAGACAUAAAGAGGCAGCUGAAGAGAAAGAGAAGAGAAACAAGAGAAAGAGAACAGAAGAGAAGAGAAGAGAAAGAGAAGAGAAGGAUCGCUGAAGGGCCGUAUGGGAUAGCUGAGGUCGCCAUGCCUGUCGCCCUACGGAAGCGGAGCUGGGAAGACCACGUCACCCCGCACUGGGGAACACGGUACAGCUACGACGACCUCGACCUGAUCUGCUGGCACGGCGUCGUGGACGGUGGAGGCCCGUCCACCGGGCCGAGGGAGAGGUGCGCGUCCAUGCCGGAGUGUCGGCGGCGACGGCCAGCGGUCGGGAGCCGCACCGAGGCGGGUGGCGAUGACGACGAAGGGGCUGUUGGUGACAACGGGUCUUGGAGAGAGAGGACAUUCUCUUGUGGACUUACCGGGACAACGGGCCAAAGCGGAAAUAAAGAAACAGGAAAUGUCUCUGGGGCAGAAUCUUUGCCCACAAUGACUGACCAGGACAUGCACCAAUCAGCAGAGAGCUCUGCCGGACAUGGCUCUGUGGGCAGCCUGUCGGCGUCCACGUCUAAUGACAUUCCCGGUGAGGGCCACAGGAAUGGGACUGAGAUGGAGGAUGAAUGGCCUUUUCCUGACACUCUUCCCACCUCUGAACCCUCAUCUCCAAACGUUGAGGGUUGUGGAACGGACGGGACACGGCCCGACAUUGGCUCCGCAGACAGGGCUGAAGCCAGCGGCACCGAGCCCAUCCCGGAAGAGAGCGUGGUCAUCAGAGCACAAGGAAGUCCAGAGACAAAACUGACCAAACUGGGGGACAGUGAAGAUGACCAUGUCGGCGGUCCUGUGGACGCCGCUGGUGCAGAUGCAGACCUGACUGGAGAAGACCGGAGCUCUGAGCAUCUAGAUCCCAGUCAGGUUUCCAAGACCUCUGUUGCUCCGGAUGUUAGCUUUCCAAACCCCGCUGCUCAGAGCAGUGGUGUGGCGUGUCAUUCGCGGAAUGUUGACCGGCUAGACGCUGGUGGCCCGCUUGCAAAGACUCGUGACUUCGGAGCAUCCAGUGACCAUGAAGCUCCUCCAUGCUUAUCCGGGAGUGACCCUAAGCUGAACCCAAUCCUCGAGAUAUCUUUGACUGAGUCUGAGGAGGAAGCCCCUGGUCAUGUGAUGGCAGUGGCAUUCCUGGAACCUGAGGGCAUCAGAAAUGGCGCGGCGGCGAUGCACACACCACAGGGCUCAUCGGGGCUGCUUGCUGAGCAAGGACUUCUGGGAAAUUCCCAAAACAACAAAGUGGCCGAGCUCACUCCAGUCUGGGAGUCUUUAUUGGAUUGUGCCUCAGAAACUGUCCAAUCGGAUGCACCUGGUCAUCAGGCAACUCCAAAUAUGGACAGGAGUGAUGAGGUUGAGAGAAACAAACCUCAAGAAUCCCCCGUCCGACUAUGGGCACGGAAGAGCUCGCGAGAGGAGCGGGAGAUGGCGCGGUGUCGUCUGGACUCCAUGGUGCUGCUGAUUAUGAAGCUUGACCAGCUAGACCAGGAGAUCGAGAGUGCUCUUAGCUCCGCCCCCUCCCAUGACGGCACGCCCACCCUGAAGAGGCGAAUCAUCUCGCAAGCAGACGUGGCGUCCCUGGACGGGGACGGAAGUCCGUCUGGCUCCGCACACUCUCUGAACACCCAUCAUCAUCAUCAUCAUCAGCCUUCAUCAUCACAGUCCUCCACCGAGCUGGGCGGAGCCAAACCGGGGAUGGCGACCUGCGCUGCAUUCUCCAGGACAGACAGAGCAGAGACAGAGGCGAAGGAGGCAUGCUCUUGGUUAAGAGCAGCUGGCUUCCCCCAAUAUGCACAACUCUACGAAGAUGGUGAAUUUCCAAUUGAGAUCCCGUCAGUCACAAGAGACCACGACUUUCUGGAUCGAGAUGCCAUUGAAGCACUUUGCAGGAGGCUGAACACUCUCAAUAAGUGUGCCCUGAUGAGACUAGAGAUCACUCCUCAGAGGAAGAGAAGCGAAGACUCAGACGAGGAUGAGCCGUGCGCCAUCAGCGGCCGCUGGACCUUCCAGCGGGAGAGCAAGCGAUGGUCCCGUCUGGACCUGGACGUCUUCUACCCGCCUGCAGGGGGCGCCGCGCCAGACCAGGAGUGCCUGGUCCGGGAUGGGCUCGGCACCAGUGCCGAGAGCGUGCUGACGGAUGUCAGCGAGUGCCCAGAUGGCGGGUCCUCGCGCGGGGGUGGUUCUCGCUCGGCCCCGCCCCCGCCGGCUCAGCGGCCAGUGUCUGCUCUUCGGGGACGUCGGACGGCCCCCCCCUCGCCGCCGGCGCUCGGCCACUUCCCGUUCGAAGCCGGCAGCGUGCCGGCGGGAGGGGGUGGAGCUAAGAGCACACGUUCCAGGGCCAAGAGCUUCUUGAAACGCAUGGAGAGCCUCCGACUGCGUAGCAGCUCCGGCGUGGCGGGGGCGGGCCGGCGGAGGAGGACGGGCUUGGCUGGCGCCGGCCGGCCCGAGAUCAGCGCCCCCGAGCCCAAGGAGGGUCUGGACGAGGAUGCGCUGCGGCGCUUCAACUGCGUGGACAUCGAGGGGCAGGGCCGGGCCACCUGCUACUCCACGCAGACCAGCAGCGGGAGCGCAGGCAGCAGCCAAUCAGAGACCAGCAGCGGCAGCGCCGUGAGCACGCCCAGUCCGGUCAGCAGGGCGCGGAGCCACAGCGCGGCGGCCGGCGCCGCCAAGCGGGCCGGGAUGUACCUGGAGGGGUUCGACCCGUUCAGCUUGGUCCUGGUGCAAGAGGGCGUCGGCCUGGACAACCGGAGGCGGGGGAGGAGGGCGGAGCCGAGCACGACGGCCGAGAACAACCAGCGAAACCUCUGCUGGCCAGACGAGCAGCAGGGGGUAGAUGAGGCCCAGGGGCAGGGGCAGGAGGGCAGGGUUAUAUACUUCUACCUGCCCGAGGGGCACAAACCCGGCACCUUCCCCAAAGCCCUCGCCGACAGUGGGCCCUGUUGCCGUGGCGACGGCACAGACUACCGCGUGCCACGCCGAGUCUCGUCCACUUCACUGGACAGCCGGUUGAGUUUCUAUGACAAUGUACCCUUCCCUGAAAUGGGAGGUGAGGAGGAGGAGGAGGAGGAGGAGGAGCCACAGGGUGUGGGGGAGGAGCCUAAGAUAGGGGAGGUACUGGACAGGGGGAGGGGCUUGCGGCAGCUGGUCAGUGCCUGGUCCUCGAGAGGCCGCGAGGAGGAGGACGAGGAAGGCGACUCUGACUCUGCUCUGGACUCGGCGUCGCCAUGUCCGUCGUCGCCGUUACAGAACCGCCUGGAGGAGGAGAACGCCAGCGAUCCGGAGAGCACCGGCAACGCCACACGAGACAGACGGGACUCCGGCAUGGGGCCGUCACUCACGCUCAACAAUAGGCCACAGAAACUGCGCUGGCCCAGUUUCCAGAGUUCACACAGGCCCAGUGGGUCGUCCUCUCACCUGCAGGUGGGCUGCCAGUCCGUGCAGCAGAUGAACCUCCUGCGUAAGUACAGCCUGCUGAAGAUCACCGCCCUGCUGGAGAAACACACGCCCGCCAGCAAACAUGGCUUCAGCUGGGCUGUGCCCAAGUUCAUGAAGCGGAUGAAGGUGCGUGACAUGCGGGGCCGGAGUGUGUUUGGUGUUCCCCUGCAGGUGAACGUGCAACGGAGUGGACAGCCGCUCCCUCAGGGCAUCCAGCACGCCAUGCGCUACCUCCGCCAGCAGUGCCUGGACCAGGUGGGGCUGUUCAGGAAGUCAGGGGUUAAAUCUCGCAUCCAGGCUCUCCGCCAGAUGAACGAAUCAUGUGGCACCGAUGGGGGUGGGGUCAGCUACGAGGGCCAAUCAGCUUACGAUGUGGCAGACAUGCUGAAGCAGUAUUUCAGAGACCUGCCAGAACCUCUGCUCACCAGCAAACUGUCCGAUACCUUCCUACAGAUUUACCAGUUCGUGCCCAAGGAGCUGAGAUUGCAGGCCGUGCGCGCCGCCGUCCUGCUCCUGCCUGACGAUAAGCGCGAGGUGCUCCAGACCCUGCUCUGCUUCCUCGGUGACGUGACAGCCAACGCCUCCGAGAACCAGAUGACCUGCACCAACCUGGCUGUGUGCCUGGCUCCAUCGCUGUUCCACCUCAACACCGCCCGCAGGGAUGCCUCCUCGCCCAGGGUGAUGAGUCGGAAGAACGCUCUGGGUAAACCAGACCAGAAAGACCUGAAUGAAAACCUCGCAGCGACACACUGCUUAGCACAUAUGAUCCAGGAGUGCAGGAAACUGUUCCAGAUCCCGGAGGAGUUGUCGUGCUGCAGGAAGUCCUACAUGGAGCAGUCCCUGAGCCCCUGCCGCAUGGAGGACCUGUUGGAGGUCCACGGCUCCCGUGGCUACAGGGGCCUGGUCCAGGAGAGCCUGGACGCUCUGCUGAAGGAGGCCAAAGACCGCUUCAGGGGCUACGACAGCUGCUCCACCCACGAGCACGCCAUUGAGCUGGCCUACAAGAAGGUUCAUGAUGGUUGGAGCCUGCGGCAGUGGAAGGUGUGCACGGAGGUAGGGGCGGGGCCUGAAGACGUCCUGCGGCGGAUCGCUGGUGAGCAGAGCAGCUGGGAUGAGGACCUGCUGGAGAGCAGGGUGGUGGAGAGCCUAGAACAUUCCGCUGAUGUCUACCAGUACGUCCGCAACAGCAUGGCCCCCCACCCACCUAUGGACCAUGUAGUGCUCAGGUUGUGGGUGACGGAUCUUGCCAAAGGGGCGUGUGCGCUGGUGUGUGUAUCGGUGGACCACGAGGGAGCUGCAGUGUUGGGCGUGCGUGCCAAUGUGCUGACAUCACGCUAUUACAUCGAGCCCUGUGGACCAAACAAGAGUCGCAUCACACACAUCUCCAGAAUAGACUAUAGGGGGCGCUGUCCAGAGUGGUACAAUAAGAUGUAUGGCCAUCUGUGUGCAUCUGAACUGGUGCGAAUACGAGACUCCUUCAUAUGCCCGUUAGAUAAAUAACCCCCCCUACCACACACACAUACCUGGAGUGAUCGUUUGGAAGGACUGAUUCUCUAGGGGAGGAUGAGGAAGGUGAUGAAGAUUAAUUCUCUAAUUCACAGACACACUUUACGCGCUGUCACACAUGGAAAGACAGUGACUGCACACGCAUACAACAAGCUACAAAGGCCAAAAAAGGUCAAAGGUUUGACCGCUGCUUAGCCUACCAGGACAAAAGGUCACGUGAUGGCCCUGAAAUACUGGAACAGACAUGCCUGCUGCUGUGACAUCAUCGUCUGUGAUGUCAUGAUGUGUGACCUCAUUUGUGAUGAUGUCACGGGGAGGGGGGAGGGACUUGAACGGGGGAGUGCUCUACUGCUUCUGAGAAGCAAGGUGUGUGUGUGUGUGUGUGUGUGUGUGUGUGUGUGUGUGUGUGAGACAUAUUUACCACACACUUGCACCCUACUGCAAAAAUAGUAUCUAUGCCUGUGUGUGUGUGAGAAAGAGAGAGAAAGAGAGAGAGAGAGAGAGGAAAACAUAGUUUGAAUGUGUUUCAAUAUUAGUCAGAUAUGUCUAUAUCUGCAUAGUUAUGUUCACGAAAUCCACAGAUGGAGAGAUGGAUAGUUGGACUGAUGGACAGAUGUUUGGAUGGAUGGAUGGAUGGAUGUCUGCAUGUAGAGAAGAGAUAUAGACAUGAAAGAUGUCUAAAACAUGAGAUGGUUGGGGGGGGGGGGGUCACCCGUCACCAGGGCGAUGGGAAAGAAAGCUCACGGCGGUUGUAUGGAAUCCGGGAGCUGAGCACCAGUAGCACAACGGCCCGGAGCUGGCCUGACCCCUUACCCCUGAGACGAGGACGGAUCCCAGUCGCCGUUCUCUUGGCCAUGCGCCGCACUGUCUGCGUGUCGAGUGUGGGCGAUAAAGAGGGAUCGAGAAGGUCACACCACGGAAGACGGACGCAAGGAGAGGACGUUGCGUCGGACCGUUGAGGGACAGAGAGGGACUUUAUUCUCCCAUUUGACAGUGUUCACCUGAAAUGAAGUAAAACUCCUGAAGAGUCACAAACAGUUUUCCGUCGCAUCCGUAAACAGGCCGCGUGGAGAUUCGUUCCUCGGGGCCUUCGGAAGGAGUGCCGGCGCCGUCGUCCCACCUCGCGACGCAGAUCCGCGUCCGAAACCGAGGGAAAGUUAAGACAACGCAUGACAAUGAACGUUAAUUUAAGCCCUUGUGUAUUGAAAGCACAAAUAUAUUGUUUUUAGUAUGUAUCUUAUUAUAUUGUAAAUGUUACCCAUAUGUUUUAUCUUUUUUAUUAUUAAUAUUAUUUCUGUACAGAUUAAUCACAAUCUAAGUGCACUACUAAAGGUAUUAAAAUUUUAAAAUGG